CAAAAAGGAAAUAAAAGGCGGAUACCAAUUGUGAUACGCAACCACCAAAAGACAAGUGUUUACAAGGAGACAACGACAGUAACACGCCACGUGUCAUCCUUCUUAACCACACCACACGCUCUCUAUAUAUAACUUCCUCGACUCCAUUCCUUCAUCCAAAUCCUUUUACAAUUCAAUUUCCGAUCGAAGUUUACCGAACAUAUUUCACGAAAUUCUCUACAUCUCCCCAUUUAUCCAAUCACAAGAUGGUGUCUGAUGCGAGUAAGAAGAAGGCGGCUCAGAAGAAGGCUGCAGCUGCCGCUAAGAGAGGAGCUAAGACCGUUGCUGCUGCCGCGUCGAAGAAGGCUGCGGCCAUAGGUACGGUAAACGGGAAUUCCAGUUCCGAUAAUUUGGCGAAUGGGAUGGGGUCUCUUGCGAUUUCUGAUCGAACGUGUACUGGAGUUCUUUGUUCUCAUCCUUUGUCUAGGGAUAUUCGGUUGGAGUUGAGGUUGAGCAAAUCAUCAAUGGCAUCAAUGGUGGAAUGUUAGUGAAGAAGAUGAACUCUUCAUGAAACUGUUGGUGUCACUCAAGAAGAUGAAAUGCUCAUAAACUUGUAUAAGCAAAAGAUAGAGUCUUUAUCACUUACUUUUCAUGGGCACGAUCUUAUUGUUGAUUCAGAGCUAGAGCUUAAUUACGGGAGACGAUAUGGUUUACUUGGGCUAAAUGGAUGUGGUAAAUCUACACUUCUUACUUCAAUUGGAUGUCGAGAGCUUCCAAUUCCUGAACACAUGGACAUUUUCCAUCUCACGAGAGAGAUUGAAGCUUCUGACAUGUCAUCACUUGAAGCUGUCAUGAAUUGUGAUGAAGAAAGACUCAAAUUGGAAGAAGAAGCCGAACGCUUGAUUGGACAGGAUGACGGCGGCGGAGAAGCGCUUGAGCGCGUAUACGAACGGUUAGACGCGAUGGACGCGUCCACAGCCGAAAAGCGGGCGGCCGAGAUUCUAAACGGUCUCGGGUUCAACAAAAACAUGCAACAAAAGAAAACCCGAGAUUUCUCGGGUGGUUGGCGAAUGCGUAUCGCGUUAGCCCGAGCCCUGUUCAUGAACCCGACAAUCUUACUCCUUGAUGAACCUACAAAUCACCUCGAUCUUGAAGCGUGUGUUUGGCUCGAAGAAACCCUAAAAAAAUUCGAACGUAUACUUGUGGUUGUCUCACAUUCACAAGACUUUUUAAACGGUGUUUGCACGAAUAUAAUCCAUAUGCAAAAUAAAAAGCUUAAAAUUUACACUGGUAAUUUCGACCAAUACGUACAAACACGAUCUGAACUCGAAGAAAACCAAAUGAAACAAUAUAAAUGGGAACAAGAUCAAAUCGCGUCAAUGAAAGAAUACAUCGCCCGAUUCGGCCACGGGUCGGCAAAACUCGCCCGACAAGCCCAAUCCAAAGAGAAAACAUUAGCUAAAAUGGAACGGGGCGGACUGACCGAAAAAGUGACCCGAGACAGAGUUCUUGUCUUUCGGUUCACCGACGUCGGUCAGCUCCCGCCGCCUGUUCUCCAAUUCAUCGACGUCUCGUUCGGUUACACGCCUGAAAAUCUCAUUUACAAAAACCUAGACUUUGGAGUUGACCUAGAUUCUCGGGUAGCUUUAGUGGGCCCGAACGGGGCAGGGAAAAGCACACUGCUAAAACUAAUGACCGGAGAGUUGAUGCCGACUGACGGGAUGGUGAGGCGGCACAACCACUUGAGGGUGGCUCAAUUUCAUCAACACUUGGCGGAGAAGCUUGAUUUGGAGAUGUCGGCUUUGGCUUACAUGAUGAGUGAGUAUCCGGGGAACGAGGAGGAGAAGAUGCGGGCGGCGAUCGGGCGGUUCGGGCUGACCGGAAAAGCGCAAGUGAUGGCCAUGAGGAAUUUAUCGGAUGGACAAAGGAGUCGGGUGAUAUUUGCAUGGUUGGCGUAUAGGCAACCGCAUAUGUUGUUGUUAGAUGAGCCGACUAAUCAUUUGGAUAUUGAGACGAUUGAUAGUUUGGCUGAUGCGUUGAAUGAUUGGGAUGGUGGGUUGGUGUUGGUGAGUCAUGAUUUUAGGUUGAUUAAUCAGGUGGCGCGUGAGAUUUGGGUGUGUGAGAAUCAGAAGGUGAGUAAAUGGGAAGGGGAUAUUAUGGGGUUUAAGGAACAUUUGAGGAGUAAAGCUGGUUUAUCGUAG